AUGGCAGUUCCACUUGUUUGUACGCUCAAAAAUUGCCCCAUAGAAUGGGGCUACGUCCACUAUCAGCCUUCUGUGGGCGGCAAUGCGUUCAUGGCAGCAGCCUUUGGCCUGCUGGCUGCCCCGGCGAUUUAUCUGGGGAUUACCCACAAGGUCAAGCUGUUCACCUUUUGCUUUGUGAUGGGCUUGGUGGGCGAGGUCAUAGGAUAUGUUGGCCGUAUCCUUUUACAUAACAAUCCGUUCAGCGAAAAUGCAUUUCUCAUAUACCUCAUCUGCGCGACAAUCGCGCCCUGCUUUACCGCGGCCGCAAUCUACUUGACGCUUGCUCGGAUCGUGGUGGUGUUUGGAGAGGGAAUCAGCCGGAUUCGACCACGAACCUACACCCUUCUGUUCAGCGGAUUUGAUUUCAUUGCGUUGGUGGUGAUUGCUGUGGGAGGAGGCAUGGCGGCAGUCGCGGUGAAGCAAUGGAAGAUCGAUCAAGGCACUCAUAUUAUGGUUGCUGGACUGGUUGUCCAAGUGGUCAGCCUGGUGGUCUUUGUUGCUUUGUGCUUUGAAUACUUUUUGAGAGUCCGAAAGAGUCACAGCCGUCUAAAUCCCGAGUAUGCCACGCUUCGCGAUUCUCCACGAUUCAAGCGGUUCCUGUACGGCCUCGCGGCGGCGACCAUUCUGCUAUUCAUUCGAGCCGUAUACCGAGUAGCAGAACUGUCGGGCGGGUUCCGAGGCAAGCUGGCCCAGGACGAGGUUCUUUUCAUGGUCUUGGAUGGCGCAAUGGUCUUGCUUGCAUGCAUCAUCCUGGCCAUCUUCCAUCCUGGUCCUGCCUUUGAUGGAGUUUGGGAGGAGGCAUCAUUCCGCUGGGGCAAGAAAAACGACAGCAACGAGUCCAUGAUGCAGGACAUCACCACCCACUCGGUUUCUUACAAUGACAAGCGCUGA